GGUCAGGAAGUGUUAUUGAAACUGCUGUCAGUCACUGAAUGACAGAGGUGACAAUAUGAAUAUGUAUGCAUAGUUAACACAUGUGGGAAUGUUCAGCUAGAUACCAAGAGAAUCAAGUAUAAUGGCUAUCUUUGCGUUGUUGCAGGGAUGGACUUAUCAACCCAAGAGCCUGGAGAAACACACUGACAGCAUCCUCGGAUGGGCGUCAGCUUUGUGGUCUCUGUCAUACUACAGCUCCCCUCUCCUCCUCUGCUACCUUUACAGAAAAGGGUACAUCUGCAGCAGUAAGCUGGUCCCAGUCAGUCAGUAUGUGGGAACAGUAAUGGUUUGUCUGCUGGGAGUCGCCUGUCUGAGAGGUUGGGGACGGUGGAGGAACUCGGAGUAUCAACAGUUCAUCUCCAUUCUGGAGGAAACCAGGAAGAACCACACGCCUAGCAACAAGAAAAAGCUGGCCUGCUAUGAUUUUGACUUCUCUCACUGGCCGGCAGACUUCAGCUGGGAAGAAGUUAGCAAUCCGAAGCUGCUGUCCAAGACCGGAGUGUCUCUACUGAAGCCAGAGCCCAAACUGAGAGGGGCAGCAGACAGCGUGCUCAACUCUUUACGCACUCUACCAUGCCACAUCGUCAGUUUUCUGAUUGCCCACUCAUUUGGGAGGAGGAUGCUGUACCCUGGGUCUGUAUUCCUACUGCAAAGGGCUAUGAGACCCAUGCUACAACAGGGCCAGGCUAGACUUAUAGAAGAGUGUGAGGGCCAGAGGAACAAGCUGGUGGCGUGUGAUGGGAAUGAGAUUGAUACCAUGUUUGUGGACCGCAGGAGAGACGAAGGACAGCACGGACAGACUCUGGUGAUCUGCUGUGAGGGGAACGCAGGCUUCUAUGAGGUGGGCUGUAUGAACACUCCAUUGGAAGGUGGAUACUCAGUGCUUGGCUGGAACCACCCUGGCUUUGCAGGAAGCACGGGCGUACCGUUCCCCCAGAACGAGGCCAAUGCCAUGGAUGUAGUGAUCCAGUUUGCAGUGCACAAGCUGGGCUUCCAGCUCAGUGAAAUAGUGGUGUAUGCCUGGUCCAUAGGGGGAUUCACAGCCAGUUGGGCGGUGAUGUCCUAUCCAGAGAUCCAAGCGCUGGUGUUGGAUGCAUCCUUUGAUGACCUUCUGCCUCUGGCCCUCAAGGUCAUGCCCGACAGCUGGAGGCCUCUGGUGACACAUACAGUCAGGCAGUACAUGAACCUCAACAGCGCAGAUCAGCUCUGCAAGUACCAGGGACCAGUGCUUCUGAUCAGAAGAACCAAAGAUGAGAUCAUUACCACCACGGGUCCAGAAGACAUCAUGUCCAACAGAGGAAACAACCUCCUGCUCAAACUUCUGCAGUUCAGGUACCCCCAGGUGAUGACAGACGAUGGAGUCAGGGCCAUCAGAGCAUGGCUGGCAGCCUCCAACCACGUAGAAGAGGCAGCGGUGUACAGUAGCUAUGAGGUGGAUGAUGACUGGUGUGUGUCUGUUCUGCAGUCGUAUAAGACGGAGAGAGAUGUUUUCUUCCCCUGGAGCGUUGGUGAGGACAUGACACUGGAGGGAAGACGGCAACUGGCUCUUUUCCUGGCACGGAAGUACAUGCGGAACUUCGACUCAACUCACUGCACUCCUCUCCCCUACUCUGAAUUCACUGCCCCUUGGAGACUGUAGAAAGAGGGUUGAAGGAUGGAUAGAAACGAGAAGCAAAGAGCCUGGCGGGGACCAACCAAUCAGAGGUUUACAGCGCAUGGAUUGAAUGUAUCUAUGGGAGGUGUACAAGGCAGCUAGACCAAGUCGGUAUUGGAAUGUUGCGACCCUGCCCACCUGGCUCAUAGCAAAACCUUGGCAUUUGUCUACUUGUUUUAAUCAAUUACAAAAUGUACAUGUCUGAACAUUACUGAUCCCUAGCGUUCUCGCUACUUAGAAAAACGUAAUAUUGCCUCAUGCCCCUUUAUGAUGCUAGCGUCCGACCGGAACAUCAAGCUAGUCAAGACCAAUGCUAUACAGCUACAAGUAGUGAGUGGAGUUCCAAACGAACUGUGAUAGUGCUUUCCCCACGCCAAAUAGCCUGAAGCCACAGGGCUCUUCCUCGACAUGGGAGCAUUGCCAACAGUAGGUUGUGAUUUUUAACCUGGCUACAUGUACAAUUGAACACAGCAGCUUUAGCAUGUUUUAUUUCUGUACAAAACAAAAAUAAACAAAGUUGGCUAUUUUACAAUGGUAAAGAAUUUGUUUUCAAUGUGGGCGUGGUCUAAGGGAAUUCCUUAUCGUCUGAGUAUAAUACCCUGACUUCACCGCUCGCGUCACACAAUAAAUCUAUAUAGUUCAAUUAUUGCGUCGCCGAGAGGUUAAAUAGAAGUUACACAGGACCCAAACUGUCUGCCAUCGUGCAUAAAUAUAUAUUUAAGCCGAGAAGGAGGAGAGAUGACUCAACGAUUCUGUUGACCGUUUUGUGUGGAUUAAUUGUCAAGGACCAUUUCAGGUCAAAUGUUUAUGAAUUGCCAUUAAUGCUUUUCGACCUGUCCCCAAAUUAAUGUAAUUGGUUGUUUUGUUUUGAUAUUUUAACCUGUGUCGUGAUCGCGUUUGGUGUGGGGGGACAAAAUAAGUGUAUGCAUGUUGGCGCACGCAUGCAGCUGGUUUGGGUUCCGUGUUGUAAUGGCUUUGUUCAUAUUGAUAAACUGGGGGAUUUCGGAUGAUAGCUGUGGUAUAUCAGACCAUAAUACCACGUUUAUUUUUACUGCUCUAAUUACGUUGGGGGUUGUGAUAUGGCCAAUAUACCACAGCUAAAGGGCUGUAUCCCGGAACUCUGCGUUGCAUUGUACAAAAGAACAGCCCCAAACCGUAUACCACACCCCCUCGGGCCUUAUUGCUUAAAUAUACACUGUCGUCCUCAAGAAGCAUCUGGUACUAUGAGAACUAGACAUUUAAAAUGCCUCCUUCCAUGAAGUAACCAUUGAUUAGAUUUUUUAAGGCUCUAUCCUAUUGCCUUUGACUACACUACUACAAGGAAGGAAAGCUGCAUCUUAAAGGAAUGAGGUCUUCUCUCCCUCUGGCUGCAUUUUUAAAAAAAAACUGAAAGUUAUUCCAAGUAAAUUGGCUUUGAUAGCCUCAGAUUAAGCCUAGACACACAGAUCUACUUUUUACAAAUAUAGCCAGGCCAUCCUCACUUUAAAGCCCUACAUUUUGUUUGUUCACUCAUUAUGAACAAAGCUGUUUCCUGAUAAUGCUCUUAAUGUUAAAUAAAAUGUUGACAUUUUAUUUAUGAAA